UUAACAGCCAUGAUCAAGGAGGCUGAGAGGAGAAAUUUCUUGCGUGGAGUGAGGAUUUGCAGACAGGCUCCUAGGAUUUCUCAUCUCUUUUUUGCUGAUGAUAGCUUCUUGUUCUUAAGGGCAUCAGAAUCGGGGGCUCAAAAUUUGUUGGAUAUACUCAAGAAGUAUGAAGCAGCAUCGGGCCAGAUGGUUAAUCUACGCAAAUCUUCUGUCACUUUUAGUCCAAAUGUCGACCAACAGACCUGUUUUAAGAUUCUUGAUGUUCUGGGAAUGGAAGAGACAGAAAACCCAGGGAGAGAACAACCUUUAUCUAAAGCAGGUCGGGAAGUGUUAAUAAAGUCUGUGUUACAAGCUUUGCCUAUGUAUGUUAUGAGUACUUUUCUCCUCCCUACGGGGCUCUGUACAGAAUUGGAAAGGAUUAUGAACAGCCUUACAUGGAGAAGUAUUUGGCACUCACUGGAUCUUUUGAAGCACGGUUGUCGGAGGCUGAUCGGAGAUGGUCGUAAUACACGGAUUUGGAGUGACCCAUGGAUCCCAGGUAACUCUCAAUACUAUGUUCAAUUGCCCCGACCGGAGAACUGUGAUCUUGAAUAUCGAAAUCCGUGUCUUCCGGCGAGCUCAUCUUCAGGCUUUCAGGGGAGGCAUCUAUGGUCCCUUGAUAUUCCUAAGAAAGUUUGCUUGCUGCUGUGGAGUGCCUAUUGCAAUAUCUUGCCAACUAAGGACAACUUGCACCGUCAACAGAUUAUGGUAGAUCCUGAAUGCCCAGUGUGCGGUUUGGAGCAGGAAUCUGUAUUACAUAGCCUCAUGACCUGCCCUGCUGCUCGAGCUGUUUGGUUGGGGUGCCCUUUCACUCUUAAGGUGUCUGAGCUUGGUGUAGAGACGUUUGCAGCAGCCUUUGACAUUGUAGUAGUUGUCUUGGGGACAAAACACUUGGAGCUUUUCUGUGUGGUGUGCUGGAAGCUAUGGAAUUGCAAGAACAAUGCCCUGUGGAAUGGUAAGAUCACCAGCCCUCAGGUUAUUGUUGAGCAGAGCCUCCUUUUUCUAAAUGAGUAUAGACGCUUGACAGUUUCAAAGGGGAGAGGAGCCGCGGUAGUCCAACGUCGCAUGGAAAUGAGAUGGAAACCGCUAGGAGUAGGCCUCAUAAAAAUUAAUGUGGAUGGGGCGACAUUUGAUGAGGAGCGUGUGCAUGGGAUGGGUGCAAUUGCGCGGGACUCUUUGGGUGAAGUGAUGGCGGCUAUGGUUUGUAAGGGACAAGGUCUAGUGCUUGCUGAGAUUGCCGAGGCCUGCAGCCUGCGGCAAGCCUUGCGGUGGGCUCAAAAUCUCUCUUUCAGGAGAAUCAUACUGGAAUCCGAUUGUGCGAGUAUUGUGAUAGCAUUAAACAGUUCGACACUUAGCUUCCAUUCAAGUUUAGGUGCUGUUCUGUUAGAUUGCAAACGGUUAAUGACCUCGUUCCUUUCUUGCCAUGUCCAACACGUACGACGAGAAGGUAAUGCGGUAGCGCACGAGCUUGCGAAACGUGCCCUGCAUGCUGAAGCUGAUGAAUUUUGGAUAGAAGAAGUCCCAGCUAGCCUCACACAUACUAUAAUAGGGGAAAAGCCUAUCGCUUAAGUUGUAAUCUCCUGUUUCAUGCUAUUUUUCGAAUAAAAUAUGUGCAAAGUU